AUGGCUAAUACGGUCCUUCGUCACUUACCAAAAAAAAUACCACCAUGUAGAGGUGCACGUAGAGGUGGUAGGGGAGACAGAGGAGCUGGACGUACCCAGCCUGAAGAGCAACCUGUCGUACAAGCUGCCAACCCUAUUGCAGCCGUCACUCAGGCAGAUCUCGUUGCCAUGGAGAAGAGGUACCAGGAUAUGUUGAGAGAUGCUUUAGCACUGUUUCAUGCUGCCCAGCAGACCUCAACUGCCUCUCCUCUGGACCCAGUGGAACCUCAGCCCGUGCCAGACCAAUUGUCAGCAGAGGCCAAGCAUCUGAAAGACUUUAGUAAGUACAAUCCUAAGAUGUUUGAUGGGUCCAUGGAUAACCCCAUCAAGGCCCAGAUGUGGUUGACUUCUACAAAGACCAUUUUUUGGUACAUGAAGUGUCCUGAUGACCAGAAGGUUCAGUGCGCAGUUUUCUUCUUGGAAGAUAGAGGUACUGCUUGGUGGGAGACUACUGAGAGGAUGCUGGGUGGUGAUGUCAGCAAGAUAACCUGGGAGCAGUUCAAGGAGAGCUUCUAUGCUAAAUUCUUCUCUACCAACCUGAGGUAUGCUAAGCAGCAAAAGUUCCUGAACUUGGAGCAAGGUAACAAGAUUAUAGAGCAGUAUGACAUAGAGUUCGAUAUGCUAUCCCGUUUUGCUCCCGACGUAGUGAGGGAUGAGGCUACCAGGACUGAGAAGUUUGUUAGAGGUCUCAGACUAGAUCUCCAUGGUUUUGUUCAAGCCUUCAGGCCAACCACCCAUGUUGAUGCACUGCGUCUGGCAGUGGAUAUGAGUAUGCACGAGAAAGCUAAUCUGUCCAAGACUGCAGGAAGAAGGUCAACCCAAGGUCAGAAGAGGAAGAUUGAGUUGCAGCAUACUAUAGCACCAAAGAGGAACCUGAGCUCAGGAGGUCUUUUCCAGCAACAUCGCCAGGAGCUUGUUGCUGCAGGAAAGACUUUGAGAGAGCUACCUGCUUGUCGUAGCUGUGGGAGAUCUCAUGGAGGUCGUUGCUUGGCAGGAAGUGAAGGAAGAGUUUUUGCCACUACUCGUCAGGAGGCCGAACAAGCUGGUACCGUGGUGACAGGAGAAGUUAUGUUGUAUAAAGAUAAGAUAAAGGCAUGUCAAGUAGAGAUAGUAAACCAUGUGUUAGAUGUAACUUUGCUAGUUUUAGACAUGCAAGAUUAUGAUGUAAUUCUAGGCAUGGAUUGGUUGUCUGCUAACCAUACAAGUAUAGAUUGUUCUUGCAAAGAGGUAGUUUUUAACCUUCAUUCAGCGGCUAGUUUCAAGUUUAAGGGGGCAGAAACUGUGGUCCUACCCAAAGUCAUCUCAGCUAUGAAAGCCAGUAAGCUACUCAGCCAGGAACUUCCACUUUCUAGGGAGAUCGAUUUUGCUAUUGAGCUAGAGCCAGACACUACUCCAAUAUCUAGUGCUCAUUACAGAAUGAAGAAGGAUGGAUUGAUGCGUCUUUGCAUCGAUUACAGAGAGCUGAAUAAGGUGACAGUGAAAAACCACUAUCCAUUGCCCAGGAUUGAUGACUUAUAUGGACAUUACGAGUUUAUUGUAAUGUCUUUUGGCUUGACCAAUGCUCCUUCAGUAUUCAUGGAUCUGAUGAACAUGGUUUUGGAGACUCUUCAAGCCAAUAAGCUAUACGCUAAGUUUUCUAAGUGUGAGUUCUUGUUGAAGAAGGUGUCUUUUCUUGGCCAUGUGUUAUCCAGUGAGGGAGUUUCGGUAGACCCGACGAAGAUUGAAGCUGUUACUAGUUGGCCUCGACUAUCUACAGUCAGCGAAGUUCGUAGUUUCUUGGGUUUAGUAGGUUAUUAUCGAAGUUUCCAGGAGCUUAAAAAGAAGCUUGUAACUGCGCCACUCCUUACAGUGCCAGAUGGGUCUGGAAGUUUUGUGGUCUACAGUGACGCCUCUAAGAAAGGACUGGGUUGUGUUUUGAUACAGCAAGUUAAGGCAAAUAUGGUAGCUGAUGCGCUUAGUAGGAAGGUGUCGCAUUCAGCAAUGCUUAUCACCAAGCAAGCUCCUUUGCUUAGAGACUUUGAGAGAGUUGAGAUUGCAAUUUCAGUAGGAGAAGUUACUUCACAGUUGGCUCAGUUGUCAGUACAGCUAACCUUGAGGCAGAGGAUUAUUGUUGAGCAGCUAAAUGAUCUAUAUUUGGUUGAGAAGCGUUGCCUGGUAGAAGCAGGGCAGGAUGAGAAGUUUUUCAUAUCCUCUGAUGGUGGACUUAUGCAUGAGACGCAUUUGUGCGUUCUAGUAGACAGUGCAGUCAAGACUAAGCUUUUGACUGAGGCCCAUAGCUCCCCAUUCUCUAUGCAUUCUAGCAGUACGAAGAUGUACCAGGACUUGAAGCGAGUCUACUAG